AUGUCAAAUCAGUUAAACCAAAGUCAGCACAAUAAUAUACAAUCGUCAUUAAAUGAAAAAGGAGAGCAUUGGAAUGAAGUAGAAAAGACCAAAUUCUAAUUGGAGGAUAUCAUAACUGACUUGGAUAAGAAAUUAAACCGUGUAUUGCUAAAGUAAGAGUAUGAUUACCUGAAAGGUUACAAUAUUUAUGUGAAGCGCAAAGAGAAAGAACUUAGAGAAUUGAUAGACAAACUCAAUGAGAAGAACUCAAAUAACACUCUUAAGGAUGAAAAAAUCAACAAUUUGGAAAAGACAAUCCAUGCUAUAAGGGAAGAUUAGAUUAAAUAGGAAAAAGAAAAAGAGGCACUCAACGAGAAGGUCAAAUAUUGGAAGACAAAAGCUCUCGGCUAUGAAUAAGAAAAAGACUUCUUGCAGAAUCAAAUUAUGGAUGCCAAAAGAUAAAAUAAACUACUUAAGUUAGCAAUUGGCAGGUUAUAAAAUGAGCUUGAGAAAAAAGACUAUACUGACUAGAAUGAACUCUCGAUUUUGCAAGGUGAAGGAGGGGUUAAAGUAUUUUUGACAGAGAACUAAAACCAAGCACCAGAAAUGCUUAAAGAUUUGAUGGGGGAGAGUGCAAGAGUUCACAAGAGAGUUACACAUCAUGAGAAAAGUUAGUUCGUUGAUGGAACGACAGCUCCUACAAGUAUUCUUGAAGCAGGAGUGUCUAAACUUAGUGGAGAUCCUAGACUUGCUUCAAAUUAACAAGUUAAGAGAGUAAUGACUAGAAGUCCUAUAAGCAAGUAUAGACAUAUUCAAACUGAAAACAUCAAAUUUUCCAAAUUCCUUGAUCUUCUUUUCAAAUCAAAGAUGACCAAGGAUGACAUUAAAGACGAAAUUGCGAAAUAUGUCCAGGCAUUAGAAACAAACUAUAACGAUACAAUAAAAGAAAUGAGAAUGUAAAUAGAAAGAGAAAAAAAUAAACUAAGGAGGUACCAGUCAGAUAAGGUUAAUAACAAUGCCGAAAAGAAUGACUUAGAGAGUUUAUUCGUAGACUGUAUUGAGGAAGUGAGAAAAGAUAUUAUGAAGCGAAGGCUAAAGAACGAAAUCUAUAAUAAGAAGAAGUUCUAAUAAAUUGAAAAGAAUUCCGAGGAAGCCAAAGAGUUUGAGGAGAGCUUGCUGAGGCUAGCUUAACUUGCUAAAAAUAGAAUCAAGAUCACUGACUUCACCAUCAGGGAUAAGUGUAACCUACUAGAUUUAUUUGUCAACAAUGAGAAGACUCUACUUAAAAUCUAUGAAGCACUGUUCCCACAUAGAGCAUCCACAGGCAAUAAUCAUAAUGCAUCGACCAGCCAAAUAUCUUUCAACCAGACAUAUAUGCAGCAGUCUAGGGAGAAACAGCUUACAUUAAGAAAUAAUCAAUUGGCAUCGUAGCAGUUUGGAAACAGCAACAGUGCCCUUGGUAGUUACAACCCUUAUGUGCAAAUUGCAGAGGGAGAUGGUGAUAGCAAAUUUACUCAACUGCCUCAGAUCUAAGGAUCAAUGAGCAUAACCUAAAAUAUAAACUUGAGUAAUGGAAACAAUAACAAUAAUGGCAUUAAUAGUACUACUAAUAACAAUAACUAGACUCUCACUGAUUAUGGAAACAUGAGAGUAAGUUUACAAAAUAACUAUCAGUUAUAAGAUCCCCUGGACAGCUCAUUUUAGUAGAAGCAAAGCACUCACUAAUUUAACUUAUAAUGA